UAAGGCGAGGUUUUUGUGCACAAAAUCGCACAGGUGGUCGGCAGCCCAUCCCAUUUGUAUUUUGCCGUACACUCGCGCAAUCUGUCUUCUUGUAAAUCAGAUUCAGCGGGUGGUAAGACUGUUGUAGAUCGACGGAAGUCUACCAAAGAAAUCAAGAUUACCUUCUGAAAUUGUAGCAACUUUUACUCUUGUGGUUUAUGUGGUAUACAUCGCUUCUUCCUUGUACACCUCCCUCUACCCCAUCCUUUUUAUCUGCGACUGUCUGCUUCCACAAGGAAAACAAAAGAACAUCGGGAUUCCAAAAUGGGCGACCAGGACAUGCCCGGUUUCCGAGGCAUGCGAUAUUCCAAGUUCCGGCACGUGUACGGCAACCCGUACCGGCGCGAGAAAUGCUACAACAACAUCCCCAUCACCAAGAACUCCCACGACGGGUUCUUCUGUGCCGUCAACCCCAAGUUUGUCGCGGUGGUCUUGGAGUGCCAGGGAGGGGGAGCUUUUCUGGUCGUUCCGAUUGACAGAUUUGGUCGCCAGGACGCACUCAACAACAGACUAUCAGGUCACAAGGGUCCGGUGCUAGACAUCAAAUGGAACCCCUUCAACGAUAACGAAAUAGCAUCCUGUUCCGAGGACGGCACUGUGAAAGUAUGGGAGAUCCCGGACACCGGUGUACUGACAGAAACCACUGCGACCCUCUUGGCUGAUCUCGUCAAACACACCAGGCGCGUCCUACAGAUAGAGUGGCACCCAACAGCCUCCGGUAUAAUACUGAGUGUUGGUCAAGACAACAAGAUUGUCAUCUGGGAUGUGGAACAAGAGGAACCGUUCCAAAUCAUUGAAUGCCACCGGGACAGAAUAAACUGCGUAGCCUGGAGCUGGGUGGGCGAUCUACUGGUGACGACCUGCAAGGACAAGAAGAUACGAAUCAUCGACGCGCGAACGGGAGAAAUCUUGAAGAUUGGGGAAGGACACACGGGCACCAAGACUUCAAAGGUGGCAUUUGCCGGCAACUCGGACUACCUUGUCAGCACGGGAACGACUCGUGCUGGCUCGCGCCAAAUAGCAUGCUGGAAGCAGGAAGACUUGUCCAAGCCCGUUCAGAUGCUGGAUAUUGACGUGGGAACCGGGGCGCAGCUUCUGUUUUAUGAUGCGGAUAGUCGCGUCGCUUUUGUCGUUGGCAAGGGCGAUGGCAGCAUCCGCUACUUUGAGAUCAACCCUGAGGAGGAGCCCUGCAUCUUCCGACUCAACGAGUUCGUCACGUCCAUGCCCCAGUGCGGUAUGGGUAUCAUGCCCAAGCGGGGCCUGGACCUCAAACAGUGUGAGCUGGUGCGCUUCUACAAGCUCCAUGUCUCCAAGGGAGUCUGCGAACCCGUGUCUAUGAUCGUGCCAAGAAAGUCGGAAGCUUUCCAGGAGGAUAUUUAUCCCCCAACAGUCAGCACGGAACCAGCGUUGACGGCCCAGAACUGGAUGGCAGGCAUGGACGCCCCUCCUAAGAUGGUCCGUCUGGGUGAACAUGGAAUAUCCAGUGUGGCAUCCACAGCCCCACGACCCUCCUUGAGGGAAUCUGUCAGCCAGAGCAAAGCUAAGGAGACCAAGAAAGCCGAGGAUACGGGGAGAGAGUCUUCAUCACGAUCCACCAAAGAGGAGCACACGGACAGCGGGUAUUCCCCGAGCUGGGCUUCCUCGGGAACUCGCGUCUCCAGCACCCGACGCGUGGACGUAUCUUCCUCGCCGAGCAAAAGACGGGAAGAAGUUGAGAAAGAGAACAUUGUCCCAGCUGAGGCGACUGUCGUACACUCCGCACCACCGCCGGCUGCGGAGGAAGAGGUCUCGACCUUGUCUGAGGUUUCAUCAAUAUCAAGCAGCCAGUCGGAGAGCUCGGAAGGGACUCGAUCGAUAGCAUCCCGCAUGGCGAUGUUUGAAGGCAGCUCCAAGAAAGGAUGGAGACGGGGCGGGUCUGUGGACAGCGGCAUCCCGUCCUCCACUUCACCCAAAUUCCAUCUAAGGGACACCAUCAACGAAGACGAAACCUCGGUGUUCAUUUUGAAAAAGGACAGUGGGGACCGGUCCCCUCUGCGCAAGGGCCCCGUCCGGACUUUUAGCCAAGACGGUAAAGAGGUGAUACGUAUAGAGAAGGAACCGGAGAGAGAACGAGGUACCAGCGUGUCGUCAGAGGAGCAGCUAAUCCGGAGUAACGGGGACGGCAGCGAGGCAGCCGGGAAGACGUCCCGAGCGAGCUCGGAUGUCAGCACAAGGAGGGAAUUUAUGACCUCAAAAGAUCUUGGCAUGGAACAGUUAUCUCCAGGGGAGGA